UGUUGAUCUUGUAUCAUAGUAGAACUAAAACAAGAUGGUUCAGGGAAGAGGCAUUAGUGCAACAAUGGUUGUGUUGUGCAUGUUGGGACUUUUCUCUGAGAUGACUCAUGCAGCAACGUACGUGGUUGGAGGCCACAUCGGUGGUUGGGCCUUCAACAUCACUAGUUGGCCUGAUGGCAAGAAUUUUAAGGCUGGUGACACACUAGUAUUCAACUAUAAUCCGCAAUAUCACAACGUGGUGAUAGUGGAUGAGAGUGGAUACAAUUCGUGCAGUGCUCCAGCAGGAUCAAAAACGUAUCAGUCAGGACAUGAUAGCAUCACUAUUGCCUCAGGAACAACCUACUUCAUCUGCACUAAUGCUGGUCACUGCGGGGCUAAGAUGAAAAUGGCAGUUACUGCACCUUGAAUUCUUUUCCUCUGCAUUUCAUUUCUGCUAUUUCUGCUAUUUCUGCUUUCUGGUUCAAAUGUUAGAACCACGAUGAUCAUAUUAAUUAUAUGUCUAUUUUGGAAUAAUGCAAAAAAGAAAAAGGUCAAUGUAUAAGGCUGAUUUAGUCACAGUUCAUUAA